AUGAUAUUUAUAUCAUUAGUGCUAUGCGCUCUGUUUGACAUGUAUCAACCACGUAAAUACAGUUACAAACUUGUACCUAUGGGCACACCAAGAGAUCACUCAAUGGUGAAGAAGUACCUAUUGAAACCAUCGAAAACGAAAUCAAACUCUGCAUUGUGUAAAUUACCGAAAAACGUUGGUUUGUGUCGACAAUCCAAACUACGGUUUUACUACAAUUCAAUAGCCUGUAAAUGUCGACCUUUCAUAUACACUGGUUGUCGUGGGAAUAAAAAUAAUUUUCGAUCCAUUGCUGCUUGUGAAAAAACAUGUCAAAUUUGA